AUGGCACCCCAAGCCCUUCUCUCCCCCCUCCAUCAAGCCGAUGGCUCCGCAACCUACUCCGCCAACGGCUACAGCGUCAUCGGCGCCGUGAACGGGCCCGUCGAGGUCUCGCGGCGGGAUGAGCUGCCAGAGGAAGCAGCGAUUGAAGUAAUAGUGCGGCCGGCCGCUGGUGUUGGGAGCCCCCGCGAGCGCCAUCUCGAAUCUCUCCUCCGCACCACCCUCCAGCACAUCAUCCUAACCCGCGCCCACCCGCGGACCCUCAUCCAACUAACCCUCCAAAUCACCAGCCUCCCCGACGAAGAGAGCGCAGGCGACGGCUCUGCCCUCUCGUACUCAUCCCUCCCCCUCCUACCCCCCCUCCUCACCACCGCCUUGCUCGCCCUCCUCUCCGCCUCCAUCCCCCUCUCCACCACCCUCGCCGCCGCCCUCGUCGCCAUCUCCGCCACGGGGAAGAUCAAGUGCGCGCCGACGGCUGCCGAGAUGGUGCGCGCGGGCCCGGGGGUCAGCUCGCUGCAUGUGUUUGCGUUCUCGGCGGGGCGCGCGCUGGUGCUGGCGGAGAGCGAGGGGGAUUUUGAGUUCGGGGCGUGGGAGGAGGCGUGUGCGGUUGCGGAGGAGGCGUGUUGUGAGAGGGUGGCGGGGAUGGAGGUGGAUGGGGAGGCGGGGAAUGGGCAGGCGUUUUUGAGGGGGGUGGUGGAGGGGAAGGUGGGGAGGGAGAUGAGGUGGCGGAUGGCUGUUUGA